AUGUCGUUCGGAUCGUCCAGUCUGCUGCGUGGCGACUCGUCGAGCGACGCGCUGACGUAUCACCGCCCGCCACGAGGAGGCAUGCGAAAAGAGACCCGGCAGCGGCGAGUGGUGGAGUGCAAGGUGAAGCGGCGGAAGGAGCCACGGCUGGAUGCGGUGAUAGAGAGGAACAAGAAGUUCCGCAUCGUGCAGCGCAUUCAGGAGCUGCUGGGGAAGCAGGAGGGCGGGCGCAUGAGUCUCAAGGAGCUGGGGAAGCAUCGGAACAAGAUUGGGCUGUCUGGGGGACGGAGAUGUGUGUCUCUCAUUCGCAGGUUCCCAUCCAUAUUCCGAGUGUACGAUAAGGGUGCGGGCAACAUCUGGUUCGAGUUGACUCCAGAGGCAGCGAGGAGGGAUGCGAGGGAGAGGGAGCUGAGAGCCAUCAUGGAACCCAUUCUCGUCGAUAAGCUGUGCAAGCUGCUGAUGAUGUCAGCAACGCAGUCCCUCAGUGUGGAGAGUGUUGGGCACGUGCGCAGAGAGCUGGGCCUUCCAGAGGACUUCAAAACGUCCUUUCUGCCGCGCUUCUCCGAUCGCUUCAGAGUGGCCACCCCUCCAGCAGCCCCUCCGGGUACCCCUGCUGCUGCUGGAGCGGGGGGGCCGGUGCUGGUGCUGCAGCAAUGGGACGAUCGCCUGGCUCUGUCAGUGGCAGAGGCGAACGAAGCAGCAGCAAUGGCUCGGGAAGAGGUUCGGGAAGAGGCUUGGGAAGAGGCGCAGAAAGAGGGUAGUGAGGCUGUGGCAGGCACGCAGCUCCCUCCCCCCAAGCCCUCCUUGACGCCGGAGCAGCUAGCAGAGGCAGCCAUCGGGUUGGGGCGGCACAAGGCAGAGACCAGCCGCAUGGCCUAUAUCACCGGGAAAACCAGUGCUGAGCAGGAAGGGACUAGCAGUGGUGUUGCCAGUGGUGCCGGUACUGCUGGCAGCAGCAGCAGCAGCAGCAGCAGCAGCAGUCGGGAGCAGCGGUACAAGAAAGCCGUUCGGCUGAGCUUGAAACUCAACCUACCCCCCGGUCUGAAGCUGAAGCAAUCUGACCUGCUCCGGCUACAGAGGUUCCAUUCCUCCCCCCAAAUAUCCCCCUAUGCAAACCCGCUCGAGCUGGGGAUAUCGCCGGAAUCAAUGGAAGCCGAGAGGCGGGCAGUUGCCGUGAUUCGGGAGUUUCUUUCGCUGACCGUGGAAAAGCGGUGCCUGAUCGACCAGCUGACGCACUUUCGGAAAGAUUUUCUGCUGCCCGCGAGGAUAUAUGCGCUGCUGCUGCGGCACCCGGAGGUUUUUUAUGUUUCGGUGAAAGGGGUGCGGGAUUCGGUGUUUCUGCGGGAGGCUUAUGAAGGGGAGGUGCUUAUAAUGAGUGAUGAGCUGGCGGAUGCUAUAGAGGAGAUGAGAGUUCUUAUGGAGGAUGGAAGGAGGAGGAUGAGGAGGGGAGAAGUGGGGAGAGGGGAGAGGGAAGGGAAUGGGAGGGGAGGGAGUGAUGAGGAGAGUGAGUGGGAGAGCGAGGAUGAGGAGGAAUGGGGAGAGGAAGAUGAGGAGGAAGAGGAAGAGGAGGAGGAGGAAGAGGGGUGGGAAAGGGAGAAGGGUCGGAACAGUAGGGUUGUGCCGGGGGUUUGGAAACGGGCAAAUGGGCAAGCAGUGGGGAGUGGGGGUAGAGUUAAAUCUAAUGCUAUGAGUGUGGAAGUGGGGAGAAAGGGAGGGGAGAGAGGAUGGGAGAGAGGAGGGGAAAGAGGAGGGGAAAGAGGAGUGGGGAGAGGUGUGGGGAGAGGAGAGACUAGAGGAGUGCGGAAAGGGGAGAAUGAGGGAGAGAGGAAGUGGGUGGGGGUGGCCAGGUGGGGGAGGGAGAGUGGGAGAGUGGAUGGGUCUAGGUGGGUGCCUGUCGGGAGUGCAGUUGGGGAAGAGAGUGAGGGUGAUAAGAGAACGGGCCGAGAGAAGGAGAGAGGGGAAGAGGAGGAAAAGGAGGGAAGAGGGGGAGAUGAGGAAGAGGAGGGAGAGGGGGGAGAGGAUGAAGAGAGGGGGGGUAAAGCUCGUGCAGCAGGAAUGAGGGGAAGGGGAGAUGAGGUGAGGAGGGAGAGGGAAAGAGUGGGGGUGAUAGGGGCAAAGGAGAAGGGGAGAGGAAAGGAGUCAUGGAGGAGCAAGGGCAUACACAGGCAGGGGUUGAUUAAAGACAGGUGGUGA